ACCACAGAAAACAGAUGAAGAACAAGACAUCACUGAGAAGGCCAAGAGCUUCGGUGACAAGAUCACUGGACUGUUCAAGAAGGGACCUGCUCAUCUUGACUAUCCCACAUCAGAGUCAUACGAUGGUCCACUAUCAUCGACUGAUAGAGCUUCCGAAGUACAUGGAGAUCCACUAACUCAUCACGUAGCUGUGUAUCACAGUGGUAAAUCUGAUGAGCAAUCAGCAUCUAUUCAGCCAGAGAAACCAGAAGAAGAACUAGACAUCACUGAGAAGGCCAAGAGCAUUGGUGACAAGAUCACUGGACUGUUCAAGAGAGGACCAGCUCACGUCGAUUAUCCAGUCUCUGAUGCCUAUGAUGGUCCACUAUCAUCAAUGGAUAGAGCCUCUGAAGUACAUGGAGAUCCACUAACUCAUCACGUAGCUGUGUACCACAGUGGCAAAUCUGACGAGCGACCAACUACAUCUCAACCUCAAAAACCAGAAGAAGAACAAGACAUCACUGAGAAGGCCAAGAGCCUCGGUGACAAGAUCACUGGACUGUUCAAGAAGGGACCUGCUCA